AUGAUCCAAUGUAUUCCAGGGGUUCCAACACCAAUAAAGAAAAGUCUGCCUAGCAGUUUUGCUGACUCACCUUUUGUUGAUGCCAUUGCAUUGAUCGAGAUGCCAAAGAAGUGUGUGUUCCCAUUAAUGAGGAUGUACGAUGGAACAAGCAAUCCAAAUGAUCACAUAGCUAGUUAUAAACAAAAGAUGUUCACUGCUGCCAUCCCUCGCGAGUUGCACGAGGCAUGCAUGUGUAAGGAUUUUGGGUCUAGCUUGGCUGGCCCAGCCCUCCAAUGGUAUACGAAUUUACCCAAUAAUUCGAUUGCUUCUUUUGCUCAAUUAACAGAUGUUUUUGUAAAACAAUUUGCAAGCAGUAAGAAAUUGGAGAAACUCUCAGAUGACCUAUACUGCAUCAAACAAAGGAGAGGUGAAGCCUUACGAGACUAUGUGGCAAGAUUCAAUGCUGAAAAAGUUUCCAUCACGGCAUGCAACGUGGACACAACCAUUACUGCCUUCCGUAAAGGCCUGCUAGUAGAAUCUGACCUUUACAAAGAACUGACAAAAUAUCCAUGCAAGACAAUGGAGGACGUGCUUGCCAAAGCUUGGGCACAAAUCAAGUGGGAGGAAGACGAAUCUAAUAGACAAUCAACAAUGUCCUACUCUUACUCUCGCGACAGUAGAGUACCGAAGAGGGUAGAUCGACGACAGACCAACUGUUAUUCAGAACCUUAUCCAACCAAUAGAUCAUGGUCAUACAGAGAUAGCGAGAACUCCACCCAACCACACAAACCAAAAGAUUACAUUACCAAGACAACACUAUCUCGAAGGAUGAGGGAAUUAGACAAGGGACCAAUUCCUGAAUACAACCUGAACAUUAGCCCUAUCGAAGUAGUUGCAGUAAUGAAGGGAAUGGGAAACCAAGUGAAGUGGCCUGAAAAAGAUUAA